CCAGAGCCAGAGGGCAGGGCCAGAUGGGAUAUUGGGCAGGAAUUGUUCCCUGGGAGGGUGGGCAGGCCCUGGCACAGGGUGCCCAGAGAAGCUGUGGCUGCCCCUGGAUCCCUUUGAGUGCCCAAGGCCAGGCUGGACAUUGGGGCUGGGAGCAGCCUGGGACAGUGGGAGAUGUCCCUGCCAUGGCAGGGGUGGCACUGGAUGGGCUUUGAGGUCCCUCUCAAGCCAGUGUGUGAUUCAGUCUUCAGUAUUUACGAUGUGCAGUGUGUUUGAGUUAUUUGUGGGAUGCGACGGUAAUGCUGUAGGAGUGGGGUCUGUUUUAUUUAAGCCCGGUUUACAUUUCAAACUCUUGUCUGUCAGRGAAGGGAGACUGACAUGUUAAUUUCAUUUAUUUCUCCAUCAGAGCCCUUGGGAGAUGGCUCAGGGRUGAUUACGGUGGUGCUGGGGUGACACUGGGACAGGGUGACCUUGAAGGUCUCUUCCAGCCUUGAUGGUUCUGUGAACUACAGACAGUAAAAUGUGUUAAUUUAUCUUAGAACACCUGUAGUCAUGUUUGACUCCUGUGACCUUUCAGCCCUGAUCUGAUCUGACAGGGUUUGUUUGCAUUGCUCAUUUGUGGUGCAGUAAUGGGCCAGAGUCUUUGCUAUUUUAGUUUCAAUACCUGCUAUUAUGUAAAAACAAUUAAAACAUAAUAGUAAUGUACUUUUUACUGACACUUUAYGCUACUUUAGGGUUUCUGCGGUUCAGUUCCAAGAAAGGCAAACAACUAUGGUUUCGUCACUUAUGAAGAGUACURAUUAGUGAUAAUUAUAUUUAAUUAUAUUUAAUACCUCUCUUACCUUUGGAGGCGUUUCUGGUUUAUCUCUUUUUAUCAGUACCCACACCCUUGUUGUUCCUAAAAUACUGCUGGAGCACUGCUUGGAAAAACUGGGGUUUGACRAUCUCAGGGAGGAUUCAUGCCCUGAGUCCUGGGCAGCACAAGCUCAGUCAUGCACAAGAAAUGUUGGUGUCACAAGGACUUACUGGAAGUCACUGGUGCCAGUAAUUUGUUGCAUAAGCUCAGGAUUUAAAUUAAUUUAAUUGAGCUCUGAUUUUAAAUAAGCGUCUAAGGCAAGGCAAAGGCUGCAUUUAAGCUCUGAAUGACUGAGAAGUGCUGGAAGAAACCAAAGUGUUUGGUUCUGAUUCCUCCCACAGUGUCUGGAAUGRUCCCAAAGCCCCGAAAUGUAAGAAUUACUUCAGUCAAUCUCCACAGCACCUUGCAGUGGGAGGCACCAAGGUUUUCCAACGGGAAUAUCACCUACACUGUCCGAUCCAAGAGCAUCAACUUCCCUGGAGACUCCUAUGAGACCGUGAGGACCAACCUAAGCCUCCCUGAGUGCGACGUGUCCUCGCUGUCAGCGUACGGGGACUAUGUCCUGCAGCUCAGGGCCGAGGUGGGGCAGCUCCAUUCCCCAUGGCUCACCCUCCGCUUCAAACCCAUGGAUGACACAGUCAUUGGUCCCCCCGAGGUGAGGCUGAAGUCAGAGUCUGGGGCGCUGCAUGUGGAUUUCUCCGGGCCCUUUGCUGAGCACGAGCAGGACAAGUGGCCCCUGAGGCAGUACUAUGGCUCCUGGAAAUACAGGAUCCUCUACUGGAAAAAAGGCAGCAGAGAUACACACCUGAGUCCUGCUUCCUGGGUAACUCAGGUAGACACCAAACACAACUCAGAAAUCCUGUCCCARCUGGAGCCAUGGACAGUUUAUUGUGUCCAAGUGCAGGCGGUGAUUCCCGAAUGGAACAAGACAGGGGAGCUGAGCAGGGAGCUCUGUGAGCAGACAACCCACAAUGGUGUGACCCCUGUGUGGGUUAUUGUGACUGUUCUGCUGGGAUCCAUGCUGGUUGUUGUCACAGCUGUCACCGUUUGUUUCUUCUGCAGUUUUUAUCUGUACAGACUCACCAAACACGUUUUCUGCCCUUCCUACAUUUUCCCACAACACUUGAAAGAGUUUUUGAGCAAACCUCACAGUGCUCCGCAGCCUUUCCCUCCCCUUCCACAAGAAGAGCUCCUCGUUUAUGACAAGCUGACCGUGAUUUCAGAAGAAUCCCAAAACCUCAGUGAUGGGAGUGGGGAUGAGGCCAGCAGGACGCCAGAGCACCCCCAGGACUCUGCACAAGGGGACUCCGACUCUGGAGUGGGAGCAGCCUCAGAAAAGGCUCAAAUAUCCUAAAUAUCCUCAUUCUUCCUUGGAAAAGGAGAAGCAAAUGGACUUUUGUGUCUCUCUCAUUGCUGUUUUCUUCAGCAGUCAAAAUCCACAGACAAACACGUGGGCACAGACUUUUGACAGAAUAAUUUUAUUUUUGUAAGUACAAGAAACUUGGCUCUAAAUGAGGAAUUAAAUGAUCCAURACUUUUGCCACUGGUGGUUGUGGCUCCCUGAGGAGUUGUAGCAAUUCCUGGCACUGAUUGUCACAUUAAAAAGUAAAUGUCAUAUAUAUAUAUAAAAUACUGAUUAACUUUGAUGAACUAUUUAUUACAAAAACUAAUCAAAAUGUUUAUUAAAAAAAUAAUAUUUUGUWAAGAAGACCUGAUCUGAUUUAUUUUUAUUAAUGAGAAAUGGUGUGUUUUUAAGGAUGACCCCAUUGGCAUCAUCUUUCUAUGGAAUUUAUUUUUCCCUGAUGCAAAGUUUGUGAAGUUUUUAGGGCAGGAUGGACUGAUGUCUGUGGAAAACUUGGCAGCUAAACUGGGAGUGAAAUUAGGUCCAUUGAAUUAUCUGCUGAUGUGUAUUCUUAAUUUAAGAAGCCAAUGCAGGGAGCUGUGACUCCCUGUUCCCAGCCCAGCCUCACCUGCACAGGWAGA